CAAACUCAGAGCAUUCGAUCCAGCACCCCGCCGCCAACGCCACACCUCGUGAGCCCUCGUCGCCGGAGCAGCAGCAAGCAAGAAGAUGGCCGGAAGGAAGGGCGGCGACAGGAAGAAGGCGGUGACCCGGUCCGUGAAGGCCGGGCUCCAGUUCCCCGUCGGCCGCAUCGGGCGCUACCUCAAGAAGGGCCGCUACGCCCAGCGCGUCGGCUCCGGCGCCCCCGUCUACCUCGCCGCCGUCCUCGAGUACCUCGCCGCAGAGGUGCUUGAGCUCGCCGGCAACGCCGCCAAGGACAACAAGAAGACCCGCAUCAUCCCGCGCCACCUGCUUCUCGCCGUCCGCAACGACCAGGAGCUCGGCAGGCUGCUCGCCGGCGUCACCAUCGCCCACGGCGGCGUGAUCCCCAACAUCAACUCCGUUCUGCUCCCCAAGAAGUCCGCCGCCGCGGCCGAGAAGGAGGCCACCAAGUCGCCCAAGAAGAAGGCCGCCACCAAGUCCCCCAAGAAGAAGGCCCCCGCCACCAAGGAGUAGCCGCCUGCACCCAUAGCCCCGCCAUUGUUGCUUAGAUCCAUUUCUCAUGGACUAAGAUGAUAUCCUGUAUGUAAUGCCUGGUAGUCCGUAGUGCCUGUUCGAUUCGUCUAGCAAUGGUGACAUUGUACCUGGGAUUUAUUAUAUGAGAAUGGUGAAAGAUGCAAUCGUUUCAAUCUGAA